UUCAGUUCACUCCUUUCUCCAAGCAGUCGUCAACAGCUAUUCCUUUUCCACUUCCUCCAAAUUCGCCGACGACAAUGGCGAUUGCCGCCGCAUCUUCUUCAUCUCUCUUUUUCACCAGCUCUCGUUCACCAGCGUCUUCUUCAUCUCUCCUUUUCUCCUCUUCGUCAAUUCAUCCGCCGUCUGUCGGCAUCUCAGCUGGCCGCAAAUCUAAUCUCCGCGUCUUCUCUUCCAUGAGCACUCAGGCUCCGGCGAAGGCCUCCGCGGCGUCUUUUCUCGAUCACAAGGAGAGCAGAAUCCUUCAUUUCUUCAAGUACCACGGACUCGGCAAUGACUUUAUAUUGGUUGAUAAUCGAGAUUCUGAGGAACCAAAAAUCACGCCAGAGCAAGCUGUGAAAUUGUGUGAUAGAAACUUCGGCAUUGGCGCUGAUGGAGUGAUAUUUGCAUUGCCAGGCAUUAAUGGCACAGAUUAUACGAUGAGGAUCUUUAAUUCUGAUGGUAGUGAGCCUGAGAUGUGUGGUAAUGGAGUCCGUUGCUUUGCCAGAUUCAUAGCUGAGCUUGAAAAUUUUCACGGGAAUAAAAGCUUCAAUGUGCAUACUGGUGCUGGUCUCAUUGUACCUGAGAUACAGGAAGAUGGAAAGGUUAGAGUUGAUAUGGGUCAGCCAAUUCUGAAGGCUUCAGAUGUUCCUACGAAGUUAACUGCAAACAAAGAUGAGGCUGCUGUUAAGGCAAAGUUGGAUGUAGAUGGGUUGAUCUGGAAUGUUACUUGUGUUAGCAUGGGAAAUCCACACUGUGUCACUUUUGGUACAGAAUCAUGCAAUGAUUUGCAAGUCGAUGAACUGAACUUGGCUGAAAUCGGUCCAAAAUUUGAACAUCAUGCGGUGUUCCCUGCCCGAACAAACACAGAAUUCGUUCAAGUCUUCUCUCCAACUCACCUCAAAAUGCGCGUCUGGGAACGUGGGGCAGGCGCAACGCUAGCCUGUGGAACAGGAGCUUGUGCAGUCGUUGUUGCUGCAGUUCUGGAGGGUCGUGCAGAUAGGAGAUGCACUGUCGAUUUGCCUGGAGGGCCACUUGACAUUGAGUGGAGAGAGAGCGACAAUCACAUCUACAUGACCGGUCCUGCAGAGUUAGUAUUCUAUGGAUCCGUUCCCCUUUGAUAGCUCGGUUUCCAUUAGCGUUCGACGUAUCACGUGCUCGAUGCUUUGAGAAUGAAUGGAUAUUUGUUGCCCUUCAUCUUUGUGAUGAUGAAUAACAGAAAUGUGAGUUAGAGCCCCUCUGUGUCAUUUGAAAAUCUAGUCAUCCCUUGAAACGGAAGAUACCAUUAGUUUGGUGUCGUACACUGACACACAUGGAGAAAACUCGCACCAUCUCUAGUUAAAUAAGUCGUAUUCCAUUUCGGUUUGUUCUAUACUCCCUCCUAUUAUAUUAUUCUCUAUUAUC